AUGCCCACACCCUAUGGAAUUGAGUGCUAUAACGGCCAUUUUACUGUCUAUCUUCUACGGUCAUACCGCUCUCAAAAAACCGGCACAAGCCCACAGUUCGUUCAUCCGAAGUGAUAACGUGCAUCAUGUACUCCCUUAGAAGAACCACGAUCAGAGUUUUGUCACCCGGCGGUCGGUGUACAAUCUCAACAGCACCCAGAGUCAUAUUCUCCGGCAUUCAACCGACAGGAACGCCUCACCUAGGGAAUUUCGCUGGCGCUAUUCGGCAAUGGUUGAAUCUCCAGCACGAUCCCGAUGAAAAAUGCAGGCGUUUCUUCAGUGUGGUGGACCUUCACGCUAUCACAAGCCCCCAGCAUGGACAACAACUAAGACAACGCAAGCGGGAGACCCUGGCCGCCCUUCUCGCUACGGGCCUUGACCCGUCCAAAUCGGCGCUCUUUUAUCAAUCGUCUGUCCCUGCACAUACAGAGCUUAUGUGGAUCUUGAGCUGCAUCGCCUCAACAGGUUACCUCUCUCGGAUGACGCAAUGGAAGAGCAAGCUAGGUCUCUCUCCCGACACAACACUGCAGGACGGUGGCGUAAAGGCCUCCCUAAAGCUUGGCCUAUUCUCAUACCCAGUUUUGCAGGCAGCUGACAUACUCGUCCAUCGGGCGACCCAUGUGCCUGUUGGCGAUGAUCAGCGGCAGCACCUAGAGUUUGCCCGAGAGUGUGUCACCAACUUCAACCACGCAUAUGGACCCCAUUUGCGGUCCCCACAAACCAUCACCUCAUCCUCACGUCGUAUCAUGUCUCUGCAGCAACCAACCAAAAAGAUGUCCAAGUCUGACGUAGACUCUAAGUCCCAUAUACUUAUCACCGACACUCCGGAGGAGAUAAGAAGAAAAGUGAUGGCUGCAUUGACGGAUUCCGUGAACUCUGUCUCCUACGAUCCCGAGGCACGCCCAGGUGUCUCGAAUCUUCUUGACAUUCUUUCCAUUUUCGACAGCUCUGGAAGGGAUCCUGCGCAACUGGCUGAGGAUCUUUUGAAUCGCUCCCUAAUGGAUCUCAAGCAACUCGUCGCUGACGCCGUGAUCACCGGAUUACAGGGUAUUCGUGAGCGGUUCAUUGACUUCUUGUCCGCGGACGAAGGUAGGUAUAUUGAUUGGGUUGAAGCAGAGGGAGCGAGAAAGGCUCGGGAGAACGCUGAAGAAACCAUGGCUAUUGUUAGACAAGCCAUUGGCCUUUGAUGGCCGAAAGAAGAAGCAUGUGUAGAUAUGCUGGCCUGGGUGGAGUACGCUUCAGUACCAGGUUAUUGAAGUUUGACUUCUGUAUUUUUUGUGUUAUAUAGUAAAGGAGUAUUAGGGGCUCGCCGACAGUGGGGGGUUAUAUAAGAGAGUCGGGGGGUUUUUUUGUUUAAUUCAUUACGCGCAUGCAGCCCUGAAGCUAUGGCGCGGCGCCUAUCGCCCUAAGGGCUAGAGGCUGUUAGAAGCUAAGUACGAUAAAAUAGAGC